AGGUUAGUCUAGCAGACGACGGGACGGUACGGACAGCGCGUAACUGGCGUCGCUCGCGGGCGCUCGGUCUCGAGCGUUUGAAUCGGGCCGGAUUGGUUGGGCAUACGCGUCGUGGUUCUCGCGCGAGGUGCUCCGAGGUGCGUGAACGUCGCGAUUCGUCGUGCGGUCGGGCAGGCAGCGUAGCGGCGAGCAGAGAGCAACGCGCUAUCACGAUGAUUGAUCCCGAGGCGUUCCUGGACCUGGCCAACCAGGUCAUCAAGCUGAAAAUGUACCCGUAUUUCGACAUCGCGCACUCGGUGAUGUGCGCGCUCCACGUCAAGGAGGACCUGGGACCCGGUGCACAAGCAUUUUCCCGCAAACAUCCUUUAUCAUGUUGGCUGUCUACAAUGUUGGUCGUUUUUGCAAGCGGUAUGCUGUGCAAUGGAUUAUUAGGAGAACCAAUUCUUGCACCUUUGAAAGAUACCUCACAGGUUCAAGUUGCGACUAUCGUUUGGUAUUUAAUAUUUUACACACCGUUCGACAUCGGUUAUAGGGUAGCCAAAUUUUUCCCAAUAAAAAUAACAUGUGCUGUCAUGAAAGAAGUUUAUAGGUGUAAAAAGGUAUACGAUGGAGUGACUCACGCAGGGAAACUUUAUCCAAAUGCAUAUCUUAUUAUGAUAUUGAUUGGAACGCUUAAAGGUAAUGGAGCUGGAUUUGUAAAAUUAUUUGAACGUCUUAUACGUGGCGCAUGGACACCGACCGCGAUGGAAUUUAUGCAACCUAGUUUUCCCACGAAAGUGUCCAUGGUUGCAUCAAUUAUCUUUGUGCUCGAUAAGAAGACUGAUCUCAUUUCUGCACCUCAUGCUCUUGUAUACUUUACCAUUGUCAUCUUCUUCUGCUACUUCAAAGUAGCGUCAAUUAUGCUUGGCAUUCACGAUCCAUUCGUACCAUUGGAAAAUUUGUUCUGCACCUUAUUCCUGGGAGGAAUUUGGGACUCGCUGGCUAGAUUGUUCGGUCGCGGUCAGUCCAAAGAUGAGAAAGCAGACGCAAAGAAAACAAAUUAAAAAAUUAAAACAUAUUUAUAAUAUCAUUACGCUAUAGCAUUGAUGUCAUCAAGCUAGCAUUGAUUACUUAAUAAAUAAUGAAGUAAAACUUCUUUAAAAAUCUAGUCUGAUGAUAAGAGUUUUACAUGACUCUUAAUAAAUCACAAAAUGUUGGAGAGAAGUACAAUAAUUAUAUAUAUAUGCGUGUGUGCGCGCGUGCACACAUACUUUAAGAGUGAAAUUUAUUGAAUUUUCAGAAAGUGUCUUAUAAAAAUAUCAGCAGUAUUAUUUCAACUAAUAUAAAACAACAGUUAUACAUCAUUCUUAUCAUUAAGAACUGUCAAGCGGAUGAAACAAUUUCGUAGAUACAUCUGUAUAAAACCUUGCCCUCGUUUAUCAAUUAAAAAUACGUAUUUAUUCGUGUGGAUUAUUUAUCCCUAAAUCUGAAUUGUUAUCGUUAAACGCGAUAAGAUACACAGAUUUAUUCGAGUAGCAAACGCAGAAGUAUGUCUUUUUACCAAUUUUGACGUAGAUCUUGAUAAUGGCUCAUUGUGACAUUUGUUUUUAAGUUGCACAAAGUGCAAUUUUUACUAUUACGUGUAAAUACACGUUAGAAUGUAUUUGUUCUAUUUACUCAUUGUACAUUAUUUGUAUCCACAUAUCGAAGAAUGAAUACACUCAGGAGAAAUAAUUGAUAAUCGAUUAGUGUCAUUGGCAAAUUACUAUAUUACUGAUUUGUAAAUCCUAUAAAACACACAUGUAAAAACAAGCACUAAAAAAAUAGAAGUGUAUCUCUUAUACUAUUUUAUUAAAUUUAAAUAUUGGUACCCCCUCCCCCCCCCUCGUAUAACAGUCUGUUUUAAUUCACGCCAAGAGAUAUGUAUUCUUUACAAUUAGGAACCCAUGUUCUAAUUGCGAAAAUAUUCACAUUUUCAUGUAAUAAAAUGGGAUUG